AUGUCCCCGCAAACAUCAGAAAUGUCAGCUGAAGCGGAUCGUCGGCCGGGGAAGAGACCAGCGCCAAGGGGUACAGCGUUUUAUCCCCGCAAACGAGCCAACACGGCGUGCCAAGUGUGUCGGGCUAGGAAGACAAAGUGCGAUAACCAAAAGCCGGCUUGUUCAUACUGCGUCAGUGUUGGGGCGACGUGCAUUCAAUCCCCGGUUGAUCUAUCGGCAUUUGACCCUGCGAGUCUCAAGAUCUUGGAACGUUUGGAUGAAUUGGAGAAGUUGAUUCGCGAGCCAAAGCCUGACACCACCAAUCAAGAUGUUGGACAUGAACUGUCACCCGAGGAGUCUCCUACGCAGUUAUCCCCAGAGAGUCUGGGCGACAUCCCCCUGCGAAGCAUUCUCCCCGAGAAGAUGGAAAGCCUGCUCCUCUGGUCCGUCCUCUCACGCGACAUGACAUCCCACACAACCCUCCACCCCGAUCCACCACAACCAUCCCCAUCUUAUUCCCCCGGCUGCACAUCGCUAGCCGACAUUGCAGAUCUCGACACACAAGGUGUAAAAGCACUGCUCGACAACUUCUUCGAUCACGUGCACUGCAAAAACCCAAUCCUCGAAGAAGCUGCUGCUAGAAAAGUUGUUCUCAACGUGGUCAUCGAUGGGAUCGAUUGGUCGCCUGGGUCGUGCUUGACACUGAUUAUCUGUGCGCUGGGAAAGAUUGCGACGCCGCUUGAUGCGAGUUUUCACCUGAGGGCUGAUUCGACGCCGUAUUUGGAGGCUCAGGCGCUGUUUCAGGCGGCGCAGAAGAGGAUUGGGACGUUGAUGGCGAGAUCGGAUAUUAUUGGGGCGCAGUGUUUCUUUCUUUCGGGUGUGUUUUUGAUGAGCACGUUCAGACCAUUCGAGGCUUGGCGGUAUUUCUCGCAGGCUUUAGCGACAUGUCAGACGUUGCCGUUCCUGCAGAGAGCGCAGUCUCUUAGUGCAAUGGAUGGGUCAGAUCUAGCGAGACCAGAGCUGGGUGAGACCCAGCAAGAAGCUGUAUACUGGUCUGCUUGGAAGUCUGAGCGAGAGUUACGAGGCGAACUAUCUCUUCCAGAUUUCAGUAUGCCAUAUUCUUCAAGCGUACUAUAUCCACCAUUCUUCCCAACCCCUCCUCAUCCCUUGGAGUCCACCAAGACUACAGCAUCAAGUCGCCAACACACAGCCUGGCUAUUCUACCUCUCCGAAAUAUCCCUCCGACGUCUCUCAAGCCGAACAUGCAACGACAUCCUCGAACUUCAUCGCGCAUCAUCAUCAAAUCUCGACUUCCUCAAACAACUGUCCCUCCUCAUCCCCGCCUACGAAACCCAAGCCAACGAAUGGGCCGAAAGUCUCCCCCCCGAACUUUCCAUCGCCUCGACCCCCCUCGAAGACAAUGUAUGCUGCUUCGUUCUCCGCGGACACUUGGUAAACUUCUUUGAACGUCUCUACUGGCCUUUCGUAAUGGCGCAUCUCGCUGCCUUAGAGCGCGGCGUAACUACACCCAUUCCCGGGCGACAGUUUGUAGAAAAGGGCUUAGAGUAUCAUGUUCUUAAUGUUGAGAUCAACGAAGCGGGCUUUUUACAUCGUCAUCACGGGACGUGGCUCAUGAUUCGAGCUUUAGUCCGAUCGGCGACGGUGUUGCUUGCAGCGCGGCUCUUGGGAUCGGGAAUGCCCGCGGGGUGGAGGGAUGCGUGUGAGAGGAUUAUGCAGGUUUUGAGGGCGUGGGAAGAUGAUGUCCCAGGAUUGUCGAACCAUCGGAAUUUCUUGGAGGAGGUUUUACAUGGGCUAAGCGUUUAA